AUGACUGACACCACUGUGCGAUCUCUGGAGGCAACUAAAGAAACCGAUGCUAUCGAGACAGAGUUGCGGCGAAUUGACUCCGAAACUCCACAACAGAAAGCGAUUCGUGAGAGGAAUCGGUGGACGCUGAUGAGUGAUGAAGAUCGACGAGUGAAACCAGCAUUAAGUCCGCCGACGUGUAAAUCAAUCCGGAUUUUGCUGUACGAUAUGGGUCUCGUCGAUCGGGUAUCAUUUGGCAAGGAUAUUGUGUGCCUGGACAGCGGUCAAAGCGCGGAGUUCUACCGAACUCUUCACGAAAUGGUAGAUAGCUGUCCUACCCGUGCGUUACAUACAACUCAUAUAUUCUAUGUGAAGGAAGGGCAGCGAUCGGCUGUAGAUAUACUAGGAAAUGCGGCGAACGUGCAAAGCACCAGGGCAGAUUUCUGUGGUUUUCUGGCAGGACUAGGCGAAGGAGUCGAGAUCGGAGUGCACGAUUCGUGGACUGGUCAUUGGUCGACAGCAUUCAGCAGUGAACGAAAGCCCUUUGAAGAACCGGAGGCUGUCGAUCACUACAUCGUUGACGGUGUUACACAUGCGAUAUGGUGGGCUGAUGCUGGUUCUGAACUUGUGUUCGUUUUGCCAACAGAACGAAGUUUACGGGUAUUCAAGCAGGAUUUGGCAUCGCCUGCAGCGAGCUCUAGAAGAGGAUCGAGUAAGACUCCCUCAGCAAUGUCGAUGUCGUCAGAGGACAUGAAAGGAGAUACUCCACUAUCUUCGGACGUAUUUCAUGAUGGUGCACGAAAAAAGACGAGUACUUCGGUCACCGGUAGCGAUCGAGAAGGACUGGUCUCGUACGGUGGAGGAGGAUCGAGCAUGGGUAAUGCUCCACCAUCGCGACGGAGUGCGGAACUUCGUGUGAUGUUGGUAUGGUUAGAGCGUGCCGAAGAUAUGCUGCAUUUCCCUGUCGGUAGGUUCAUAUUCAGAAAAUGCCGUUUUUCUUUUCAUUCCCGUAUAUAUUUUCUCUGUUCGUUUCACUUUUGCUGUUUCAUCGUUAUUUCGGAUCUAUAA